AUGAUGUUAAAUAAUACUAAUAAUUUCCACCAUCAAUUCAAUGUUUUACUAGAGAUUUUCAAAUAUAUCGAAGAUGACAAACAUUCUUUAUAUGAUUGUUUAUUAGUUAAUAAAGGAUGGUUUCAACUUGUCGUUCCUUUACUUUGGAAGCGUCCUUUUGUUUUAUUAAAGAAAUCAAAUAAUAAUUAUUUCGAUGAAUGUUUAAAUAUAACAUGCAACAACAAUCUCGAUAUAGAAAAUACAGAAAAUAUAAAUCGUUCCAGUCUCAUUGAUACUUAUAUUGCAUGUUCAUCAGAUGAUUUUAAAUCACAAUUGUUUGAUAAAUUCGGAAUCUGUUUAAGCGAACAAUUGAAAAAUCCGAUUUUGAAUUAUUCAACAUACUUGAAGGAUUUGGAUUUAGCAGAAUUAGAGAGUUCAAUCAUUUGUUGGUUAAGCUUAAGCGAUUAUUGUUAUAACGUUUAUGACGUUCAUCGGGAAUUAUUAUCAUUCAUAACAUCAGAAAUAUGUAAAAUGUUGUUUGUUAAUUCAAACGGACUCCGGAGUUUCAGUUUGGGAAGUUGGAAUGAAGAAACUUCCACGAUUCCAAAUUUAUCAUCAUUAAGUUCACCAUUGCUGGUAUUCAGGAAUCUAAAAACAUUAGAAAUUAAAGGAGACUUUGAUUAUUUGAAUGAACAUGAUACAGCAAAUCUAACAAAGAUUUUAGAAUUAUUAAUCAACAACUCCACAAAAAAUGUUGAAUAUAUUAAUAUUGAUAUUACUGGAGAUUAUGAGAAUAGUCAAACAGAGAAAUUGAGAAAAUUAAUAGAGUCUCAAAGAAGCCUAAAUUAUUUUAGGUACUCACGAACAAAUUGUCCUGAAGCUUUCAGUGAAGAAUAUAUAAAUUCUUGCUCAACACAAUCCAAAUCUUUGAAGAAAUUGGUGUUUGACUCAGUUCCGUUAAGUGACGAUUCCAUACUUCCACUGAUUAAGUGUAAUAAUUUAGAUUUAUUGCAAUUUAAUUCUUGCUAUCAAAAAAAAAAUAACACAAAUAAUUUGAUGAAAAUCAAUAAGCUAAAGUUUCUAAAUUCUCAUUUGGAUGGUGUAAUCACAACAAUUUUAUAUUUGGUAAAUUGUAAUCUUUCAGAGUUGACAUUGGAAAAUUCCACAAAAGCACAUCUGGAAGUUAUAAAUAGACAUUGUGCAAACUUAAAUUAUUUAGCAUUGUCUACUACUACAAACACUUUGAUCUCCUCUUCAAUAUUAUUAUCAACCACAAAUUUAAAACAUUUAGUUUUAAAUCUGAAAAAUUAUUCUACCAAAAUGACCGAACAAGAUUUAAAUCAAUUAGGAAAAAAUUUACCAAUUUCAUUAAACACUUUACACCUUAAUUCCGUAUUCGGUUAUGAUGAAUUGGAAUAUUUAUUAUUGGAAGAAGGUGAAAUAAGGAGAAAAUCACACAAUAAUAAUAAUAAUCAAAAUUAUUACGACAAUUAUUUAAAAGUUGUAAUGAAUUAUGCUAAAACAAAACAUUUGAAUGAAUUUAGUUAUAAUAUUACAAAAUUAAAAAAUCAACCUUCAAACUUGUUAUCACCGGAAAUGAUAUUUUCAAAAGAAUUGUUGAACGAGGCAAAACAAUUUAUACAAAAUAUUUCAACGAAAUCUAUUUUUCCAUUUGAAUGUGAUGACUAUGAAGUAUUAUGCGAUUAA